GGUCCCUGGGUAGCAGGUCCUUGCCCAGAGCCCCGCGAGCCACUCGCUUCGCAUUGCGCUGGGAUGCGAGAAGGACCCGGUGGGCCGGCUCCCCUGGGGAGAUGAGGGGCCGUCCUCUGCCCCAAAAACCGGGUGCUCCGCACCGACACGGGCGUUGUGGCUCCCCUGUGUCAUUUGGGUAGCAGGCACCUCUAGGCGGCCGUAGCUCCCCAGGAUCGCAGGCACCAGGCACCUUCUUGCCUAACCUGGGACCCAGCGCUGCGGCGGGUGACACUGCAGUGGGAAUGUCCCUUAGCCAAGAAAGGGCCUAGAGCGGGGCGGAGGAGGGCCGGGAACGCGCAGGGCAGGUAAUCUGUCUGGAAAAACUCGUGGCUGGUGGUUCAGGAUCAAAUGGCCUGGCUCCAGCCCGGCAUUCCCAGAGCCGCGCGCCCAUGGGUCGUAGGGAUCUCUGAAUAGCAGACCCCGCCAGCGCAGGAAGCCUGGGGCUUCGGACGCCCCCCCCCCCAGUACCCCUUCCAGUCCCCACGCCUGGUCCCCCAAGCCCAUUAAGGGCCCCUGCAAACGGGCUGUGCCUGGGUUAGGUUACUCUCGGCUCUCCCUUCACCAGCUCCGGCGCAGGCUGACAGGCUGCUCUCCACGCCCAGGCCUGCGUUGGCUGGGGUCUAACCUGCGCUCUCCCCGCUCGCGCGCCCAGCCUAUGGGCUCCCCGAGGCCCACCUGGCCCAGGCGGGGGUCUGGGAAGGAGACGCAGGGCGAUCCCUGUGCAGGCUACCUCAAGGGCCCAACGUGCUCAAUGCCUCAAUUUACACCCAUCAAGUAACAUUUGAGAAAGUAAAAGAGCACUGUGACUACCUAACCCUCUGCUCGUCCCCGGGGUCCUCGCCUCUGCAAGAGGCCAACUCCCGGCUGCUGGCGCUGGGCCACCUUGUGGGAUCGGAGCUGGUGUGGUCCGUGUAGAAUUCACAGCAACUUCCGGUGGUGGCCUGGGUCUUGCCUAGGUGAAGGCGCGCGAGCAGGCGCAGCUAGGCUGAGCCAGAAUGGCCCCAGGAGAACGCGGCGACCGUAAUGGCAGCGGACGUCGAGGGCGAAGUGGACGUGUUGGUAGAACAUCCCUUCGAGUACACCGGCCGGGACGGGCGCCAUGUCACCAUCCGGCCAGACGAGCGCUACCGCCUGCUGCGCCGCAGCACGCCACACUGGUGGCAAGUGCGACGCGAGCCCGGUGGCCGCCCCUUCUACCUGCCUGCGCAGUACGUGCGCGAGCUGCCGGCGCUUGGCAGCCCAACCCCGCCCGCCCGCGCGCCCCGACUCCCGGUGCCGGGCCUUCCCGCUCGCAUGUACGCACGGCCAGCAGCGCCUGUACGCCCCGCACACUCCCUGGACGACCUGGCGCGCGCUGCCACGCCCCCCGGAGCCCUUCUGGAAGACGCGCGCCGAGCCAAGGCUUGCAGCGUGGCGGGCUCCUGGGUGUGCCCGCGGCCCUUGGCUCGCAGCGGCUCAGAGGAUGUGGACGAGGCUGCCACGGAGGGGACCCCGGAGCAGGUGGAAGCGCCCGCAGAGCCCGUCUACGCGAACGUGGGGCGGACUUCGACCCCGUUGCCACGCGCACCCGCCGCCCCCCGGCCCGAUCCCGCGUGCGAGGCGUGGGAGGAGCACACUGACACGGACAGCGGGCGCCACUACUACUACAACCGCGACACCGGCGCCACCACGUGGGAGCCACCCGGCGAGGACAGCCCGGCAGCCUCCCCCGCCUCGGUGGGCAGCCGCGAGAGCCUGGAGAGCGAGUGGGACCAGUACUGGGAUGAGGAGAGCCGCAGGGUGUUCUUCUACAACCCCCUGACCGGUGAGACGGCCUGGGAGGACGCGCCCUGCGACCGAGACGAAGAAGGAGCCGGGGACGCGCCGGACAUGCAACCUGGACAGGACCCGGGGAGCCCCACGCGUCGGCGGCCCCCCACCCCGGAGGCCGACUACCCUGAGUCACUGUCCAGUUACCCGGAGGAGGACUAUCCCCCUGCAGGCUGCCUUGGAGAGCCAAGCCCCACUUCCCCGUUGUCCCCGCCUCCUGGCUGGUCCUGUCACCUGGGCCCGGAACAGCAGACGCUCUAUACCAACCACUUCACGGGAGAGCAGUGGGUGCAACUGGAGGACCAGCACGGCAAAACCUACUUCUACAGGCCACAGGACUCCUCCGUGCGGUGGGAGCUGCCCCAGGUCCCCAUCCCUGCCCCUCGAAGCAUCCGCAAAACCAGCCAGGAUGGUGGCACUCCAGCCCCAGCCAGCCCCUCAGAAGAAAAGAUCAAGACCCUGGACAAGGCAGGAGUGCUGCACUGCACCCGGACAGCAGACAAGGGGAAGCGGCUCCGGAAGAAGCACUGGAGCACCUCCUGGUCAGUGUUGGAGGGCAGCGUCCUGACCUUCUUCAAGGACUCCAAGACCUCGGCUGCAGGCGGCCUGAGGCAGCAGCCUUCCAAGCUGUCCACACCAGAAUACACGGUGGAGCUGAAGGGAGCCUCUCUUUCUUGGGCCCCCAAGGACAAAUCCAGCAAGAAGAAUGUGCUAGAGCUGCGGAGCCGAGAUGGCUCUGAGUACCUGAUUCAGCACGACUCAGAGGACAUCAUCAGCGCCUGGCACAAGGCCAUCACGCAGGGCAUCCAGGAGAGGCCCAUAGAUCCAGCCCUGGAGGAGGACAGUGAGGCAAGCAGCACAGACUUCAAGCUCCGAGAGAGGGAGGACACUGCAGCCACUCCCUCCCCAAGCCCUGGGACCCUGGAGAGUGACCUGAGCCGUGUGCGGCAGAAGCUGCGCAGGUUCCUGCAGAGGCGGCCAACAUUGCAGUCGCUACGGGAGCGGGGCUACAUCAAGGAUCAAGUCUUUGGCUGUUCGCUGGCCACUUUGUGCACGCGUGAGAAGAGCUCAGUGCCACGCUUUGUGCAGCAGUGUGUGCGCGCUGUGGAGGCCCGGGGGCUGGACACCGAUGGGCUGUACCGCAUCAGCGGGAACCUAGCCACCAUCCAGAAGCUGCGCUACCACGUGGACCACGAUGAGCACCUGGACCUUGAUGAUGGCAGGUGGGAUGACGUCCACGUGGUCACCGGUGCACUCAAGCUCUUCCUGCGUGAGCUGCCUGAGCCGCUGUUCCCUUUCUUGCAUUUCUACCAGUUCCUUGCAGCCAUCAAGCUGCAGGACCCAGCCAGGCGGAGCCGCUGUGUGCGGGACCUGGUGCGAUCUCUACCCACUCCGAACCAUGACACCCUGCGGCUUUUGUUCCAGCACCUGCGCCGGGUGGUGGAUCACGGGGAGCAGAACCGCAUGUCAGUGCAGAGCAUGGCCAUUGUAUUUGGGCCUACCCUGCUGCGGCCAGAGACAGAGGGGACCAGCAUGCCCAUGACCAUGGUGUUCCAGAACCAGGUGGUCGAGCUCAUCCUGCAGCAGUGUGCAGACAUCUUCCCGCCGUGCUGACCAACUGCUCCUGCCCCUGGAACUGCAGGGACCAUAACCUGAAGUAGGGCUUUCUGGUCUUGUCUUGGCCACGCACAUGGUUGGGUGCCAGGAUGGGGAGCUUCUGUUCAGGGAGAGGGACUUGGUGAGGGGUUUCCUUGCUCCUUCAGGCAGUAUCUGGCUGGAGCCCUGUGUAGGUGACCAAGUGGGGACUGCUGGCUCCCGACAGGACCAUGUGACUUCUAGUCUAAGCCUCCCUGUCCCAGCCAGAGAGCUGGCUUUGUCCACCUUCCUGUCUGCCUGUCCAUGUUGGGGUCAGGUCCGCUGUGUCCUGAGCAAGGGUUUUUCAUGCCCAUGUGCCCUGCCUCACCACAGAGGGGCUCUGUGGGGCUCUGAUACAAGAUGAAAACUAGCCUUCGAGGCCCUUCCCUUACCAGGGACCCAACCUCUCCAGCCUUCCCAGCCUGCCGCUUUUCUGGAAGGAGUAGCACUCUCUUUGGUCCCAGCUCCCAAGCUGCCUACUGGGGCCCAUGUUGCUGCAGUGCUGGGAGACACCUGGGGUACCCGUAUCAGGAAAGGAGGGACGUGCCUGGGUCAGAAGCCCCAAACCAUUCCUUCUCAUGUACAAAGCCCCUCGGGCUGUGGCUCUUGUAUCCCCACCUCCCUAUUCAUGGCUCAGGGAACAAUAGUAGCAUGUAUGCGUUGAGCAUCCACAUGAGGCCAGGCAUCGUGCUGCCUGUCCCUGUGUCUCUCCCAGUCAAUAUUUAUUGUGUUCUAUGUGUCACAUGCUGUUGGCCCUGUGGAGCCAGGUCCAGGCAGGAGUGCUGAUGGAUCUCUUACCACACAACUGAAUAUUUAAAGUUAUAAAUCAAGCUAAUAACUGUGAAAUAAAAUGUUUUAUUCUCCUA